CUCCCCUCCUCAUCCCCUCUCCUCUCAUCCUAGAGGACGGAGCGUUGCGGAGACAAUAGGACGCAGAGCCGGAGGAGGCUGCAGGAUGCUCGGCUCCACAUCCCUCGUCUCUCGGCUGCUCGGAGGCUGCUCUCGGCUCUCAGACACCCGGCGCUCCUCGCGACUCUCCUGGCUUUAGUAUGCGCUCAGACCCCGCGGUGUGUUCAGCUGCAGCCCGGGCUCACAGGGCGGAAUCCACGGCCCCCCUGUGGGAACCCACUGACGGUCUCACCAGGUGUUAGCCGCUGCUGCUCUCGCCCUUCCUCAGCGUCCGCUCCCCAGUUUCUUCCUGCGGUCCUUCCCUGAAUCCGUCCCCACAAUGAGUUCCUCUCCGCUGGUGUCUCGAGCCAAUAUGGACAUCCUGGACGAGCUGCAGCUGAUCGCAGCCCAGAACCUGGAGAGGCUGGAGGUCAACAAGUACUACGAGGUGAUCCGCGAGCUGGGCAAGGGCACCUACGGCAAGGUGGACCUGGUCAUCCACAAGAUCCGAGGUACAAAAAUGGCGCUGAAGUUCCUGAAGAAGAAGACGACCAAGCUGAAGUCGUUCCUGCGGGAGUACAGCAUCUCGCUCUACCUGUCGCCCUGCCCGUUCAUCAUCAACAUGUUCGGCAUCGCCUUCGAGACCGACGAGUACUACGUGUUCGCUCAGGAGUACGCCCUGGCAGGAGACCUCUUCGAUAUCAUUCCUCCCCAGGUGGGUCUACCUGAGGCGGUAGCAAAGCGCUGCGUGCACCAGGUGGCCAUCGCCCUGGAUUACCUGCACUGUAAGAAGCUGGUCCACAGAGACAUCAAACCUGAGAACAUCCUCAUCUUCGACCGAGAGUGCCGCAAAGUCAAGCUGUCCGACUUCGGCAUGACUCGCCGCGCCGGCUCACCGGUCAAACGGGUGAGCGGCACCAUCCCCUACACGGCCCCCGAGCUCUGUGACGUUUCUCGCCACGAAGGUUUCUGCGUGGACUACAGCACGGACGUGUGGGCGUUUGGCGUGCUGCUCUUCUGCAUGCUGACGGGAAACUUCCCCUGGGAGAAAGCUCUGCCGUCAGACUCCUUCUACCAGGAGUUCAUCCGCUGGCAGAGGAGGCGGACCAACACGGUGCCAUCGCAGUGGAGGCGCUUCACCGAGCAGGCGCUCCGCAUGUUCCGCCGGCUGCUCUCCGUGGAGCAGGACCGCCGCUGCUCCGUAAAAGAAGUGUUCGGAUACUUCAGCCACUCCUGGAUGCUGGACGCCGAGAACAACAACAAUAACCACGGCAACAGCAACAACCACGGCAACAGCAACACCAACAGCAACAGCAACAGUGGUGGCGUUGGGGAGAGGGUCGGCGGCGGCGGAGGAGGUGGAGGUGGAGGCGUACGGGGAGAGGUGGAUGGUACGAUCACGUCAUCGUCGUCCGGCGAGGAAGACGAGGAGCUCCUUGUGGAGAGGAUGAAGCAGCAGACUUUGUCCCCGCUCUCCCCCAUGUCUCCUGUGGGGGUGGAGCGAGGAAGUGGAGUCGGGGCUAAAGGCGGGCUGAUGGAGCCAGGCGGCGGCCAUCAUUUUGUGUCCGUCUCCACCAACAGCUCCGUGUCGUCCACCAACAGCUACGACCGAAUGCCGAGAGAGAACGGAUCGCCGGGCGGCCGCAUGCUUGUGGCCACGCCCAUCGAAAUCUGUGUGUGAACGUUCAUGACGUUCAUGACGUCACAGACUCACCUGGACACACUUUUAUACCUCUCUCUCUUCAACCGCAAAGAUGUGCAUGCACGAAUAGAAACAGACGAUGAGUUCAGAAAGGAAGAGCGCCGCGGAAGACGUUCCUGGAACAAACCAGGCGCCAGUCUAAAAAAAAAAAAAAAAACUUCCACACUUUGAUUGCAAUGUUUGAGAACAGACGAAAUGUUUCCCAUUACAGAUUCUGUCACUAAAUCCCUCCUGAACCAAGACCAAAA